AUGGAUAAUGAUGGCUAUAUUUAUGUUGGUGAUUGGGAUGUACAUGAAGUUAGACGACAUAGAAUAGGAGAAAGUCAAACAAUUUUAAGCGCAAGUGGAAAUGGGCAAGGUAAUCGGCUCAAUCAGUUGAGUAAUCCGGGACUUUUAUUCAUUGAUCGAAAUCAUUCAUUGUACAUAUCAGAUACUAGUAAUCAUCGUGUGAUGAAGUGGAUGAAAGGUGCUAAAGAAGGCAUAGUUGUCGCUGGUGGUCACGGUCAAGGAAAUAGUAUUGCACACUUAUCAUAUCCACUUGGAGCUAUUGUAGAUCAAUCAGGUGCUGUCUAUGUAGCUGAUGAUAGAGUGUGGGUGUGGGUGUUGGGCGUGGGUGUGGGGUGA